AUGCAAAGACUUGCACAACAACAACAAGAGCUAAUGGUAUUGAUAGCAAAAACAGAAACCCUGAUUAUUAAAAUUGAAAGUGACGCAGCUGUGUCUGAAUCCGAUAUAACUGAGGUCAAAAACCAAAUGAACAAAUGGUGCAAUGUUUUGGAAACAAUAGCAGAACAGGAAAGCAGAAAAAAGGCAGAAAAAGAAGAAGAAAAAAGAGAAAAAGAAGAAGAAAAAAGAAAAAAAGAAGAUGAAAAAAGGAAGAAAAAGGAAGAGGAAGAUAGAAUGAAAAGACAAGCAAAAGAAGCAGAAGAAAGUAAGCGAAGGGACAGAGAAGAAGAAAAAAGGAAGAAAAAAGAAGAUGAAAAACGAAAAAAAAGUGAGCAAAAAGACGCAGAACGAGAGAAAAAAGAAGCAGAAGAACGGAGGAAAAGAGAAUUGAAAGAAAAAGAACAAAGAAAGAAAACGGAAAAGGAAGAAUCAGAACGACGAAAAAAAGAAGAGGAAGAACGAAAAAACAGAGAGAAGAAGGAAAAAGAACAACAGCAAAAAGAAGAGGAAGAAUAUGGGAAAAGAGACCAAGAAGAAGAAAGUAAACAAAAUAAAUACGAAGAACUACAUGAGGCCGAGGAGAAACGAAGAAAACAAGAGAUCGAAAAGAAGAGGAAAGAUUGGAAAAACUGGCCACAUUUCAUUUAUAAAAACGCAAAACCAAAUAAAUUCCAGCAGGAAGUCUGCUGUGUUAUAAUCACAAUGCCAAAUGGAAUUCAGGAGAAGGAUUUUAUCUGUCAAAGCUUUGACGCUGAUGAAGAUCUUGAUAAGUGUUUGGAAUCUAAUGACGAGCAAAAUAUAUCAUCUGUUAUCACAAUACAAAACACGAAAAGAGGAACGGAAUUUGAGUUGCCAAUUCGAGUGUAUGUGCCUAUAGUAUCGCAUGAUCAGAUGCUCGUACCAACCUUAAAGUUCAGAGUUGAAGGUCAAACAUGGAGACACGGAAAAACACUUCCUGAUAAAAUACAACUUCCAAAUGUGAAGGAUGUUUCCUUUGUUGGAAUAGAAAUACCUCUUAAGAAACUUGAAACUAUUCAGUGUGUUGCGGUUGCCAGACACAAUAAAUAUGAAAUCGAGGUUGACGAAGAAGGAAAAACAUUUGAACCAGAAGUUGAUCGGAAUAUCAAGGUCAAGUUUCAACGAGGAGCUUUUGCUGGAAAAACAAUUGUUACUACAAAGGCAUUAUCCUGUACCAAUGCGGACAUCAAAAUGGCUUCAAAAAAGCACAAAGAGCUUCAAAAUAUCAAAAUAGCUGGUUCUUAUAUAAAUAUAUCAUGUGAACACACAACAAUGGAAGAUUCUGAUUUAGAGAUGUAUGAUUUGGGAUUUAUUGUUGACAAAAAAUUACAGAAGAAUCAAUCCGUUAACCAAGAGACACUUAAUAGAUGUAGUAGAUGGCUUGUCAACAAUCUAAACCCCGAUGAAGAUGUAUUUCCAUUAGAUGAUGUCUUUGAUAGUGAUUUUGUAGAAGACCUAAAGACGCAAGAGACAGACGGAGACAAGAAUCGUAUGAUUCUCCGUCAUUUACACGAUUCGAAUUCAGAUAGUGACUUCGACAAAUUUUUAGUCGGAUUAGAAUCUUCGCAUCCAAUCCUGGCAAAUAGGAUGAACAGCGUAAAAUAUAAUGUUAAACUGUGUCGAAAAGCAGAAGACUCAUAUUCGGAGGACGAUUUUGCCAGUGAUUUUGAUCCAGAUUUUGAAAAGAAGGAGGGUACACUUUGUAUAGUUUCAAAGGUGACAGGAAAAAGUUGGAACCUUGUACCAGUAAAGACAUCUUUAGAACAUCCAAAGGCAAGAUUUGUGAAACUUCCGUCUGGAAAUGAUAAAUAUCAAUUUUUAGGGCUAGUUGUUCCGGAUAACAUGACAGAAGAAGAUAUCUGCAGGGCAGCUGAAAUACUUGAAGGAUUGUUUUGUGUCACUUAUGUUUCAAUAAUAUGUCGUCAAAAGCAUCAGAAUCUCCAUGAUGUGAUUAUUGAAUGUGUAAGAUCUGAAAAUGUAGCCUCUACGAUGAAAGCUUUGGAUUCUAUAGGAUACAAUGAGGGACCAGCUGCGAGUUCAGAAUUUGGUGUUGUUGAUGGAGAAGAAAUAGAAAUAAAGUUUGAAUCAAAUCUUUAUUUAGAGCGUCUAAAACAUUCACCACUGAAGAUUAAAUUUUAUAAAAAUCUCCAAUCUGAUAGAUAUUCUGAACACCUAGAAGUCGUCAGUAAGGCAGAGCAAGGAGAAGACAUCGCAUAUCAUGGCUAUCUUAAGUACAGCGUUUCUCUCGGGCGUUUGUCUUCAUCAAGAACAGGUUCACUUGUAGUAUACAUUCCAAAGCCUCUGGGGGAAUUACUUGGCAACUUUCCAUAUACAAUUGAUGUACCAGCGAAGGCACUGGCUAAAUUUAUCGCUUGGCAGUUGACACGUACAAACUCAAAUUCAACUAAAUGGGUGGUACUUGGUGGGUACCUUACUGACCGUGACCAAAAUCUUUAUUUUCAAAUCUGUAAGAAUAUUGACCAAAAAGCAACAAAAGCGCAACAACGAGAGAGAUGCGAACAGUACAUUUUGUAUUGGGCAAAUCAUCACGCACCGUCAGAAUCAGAUAAGGUCGAGAAGAUAAUAGCGUCUCAUCAUGAUGCAAAAUUAGAAUCAGAAGCGCAUCAGUUCAUCAAACCAUACCUUCCUGGAAAAGGAAUAUUUUCAAACGAUAGCCUAGAAAAAAUGGCAUUUGCAAUUGCUGGUGAAUGGGAAUCAAUGGCGAGACAACUUGGUUUUACGAACGAUGAAAUCAAUGUCAUCGAAACUAGUCAACCAGCAGAUGUAAAAAAGACUCUUAGAAUGUUAGAUUUAUGGCGACUGUCAGAUAACGCGAUACAGAAAGGAACAGAUCUUGUAAAGAAUUUCCAUGAAACAGCAAAGUCAGCGAAAUGUGGAGCAAAAUUGCUAACCAUUAUAUCUAAAAAUGUAAAUUAAGCUCAUGAGGCACAUUAACUUAUAAAC